UAUCGAUACACGAGGGGAGACGGAGCGAGCUUUAUCCUGCUAGUCGGAGCUCUGGAGUGUAAUUUAAACUAUGGGGAAGCAGAAAACGAAGAAGUUUGCAGCCAUGAAGAGAAUGAUUAAUUUGAAAGACAACAGAUUAAAAGAGAAAGACCGUGCCAAAACAAUACAGAAAAAGAAGAAAGAUCCCUCAAAGCUGAAGGAGACAGAAGUGCAGAAGUACCCAUCAUGCUUGUUCUUCCAGUACAACACUCAGCUUGGCCCGCCGUACCACGUUCUGGUUGACACCAAUUUCAUCAACUUCUCCAUCAAGGCCAAACUGGACAUUGUUCAAUCUAUGAUGGACUGUUUAUAUGCCAAAUGUAUCCCAUAUAUCACAGACUGUGUGAUGGCUGAGAUUGAAAAGCUUGGAAUGAAAUACAGAGUUGCGCUCAGGAUAGCCAAGGACCCGCGGUUUGAACGCCUGCCGUGCGCACACAAGGGAACAUACGCUGAUGACUGUUUGGUCCAACGCGUGACACAGCACAAGUGUUACAUCCUGGCGACUGUGGACAGAGAUCUGAAGAGAAGGGUGAGGAAGAUCCCCGGGGUGCCCAUCAUGUACAUCUCAAACCACAGAUAUAAUAUCGAGCGGAUGCCUGAUGACUACGGUGCACCGAGGUUUUAAUCAGCCUGGACCACAGCUCGGCCUGUAAAUAGACUGAAGAUUCCCUGUUGAACAUUAUUUUUCUUUUGUGCAUAUUAAUAAUAUUGUAACUUGGUGAGGACGGAGGUGUGUUUGAUCAAACUGCAGAUUUCCUUCUGUUUUUGUUUUUUUUUUUUAAUUUUUUGAAAGAUUUGUUACAGUUCUUUCCUUGAAUUUAAUAAACAAAUUGGUGAAAUGCA